GGCCACGACUCCGGCGGCCGCAGGGCUGCAGCUUUAAGGCGGGGGCCGGAGCGGGCCGGGACCGCCGGUGACGCGGUUCCCCCCUCGGCUCGGCUCAGCUCAGCUCAGCUCGGCGGCCGACAUUCGCCAUGUCCAAGGCGAAAGGCCGUGGGAAGAAGGCAGUGGGGAGCCAGCUUGUGAUUAGCAAGUUCUUCCGCCCUGUGGCGGGGGGACCCGGGCCGGGACCGGCGCCGGGACAGGGGCCGCGACCGGGACAGCGGCCGGGACAGGGGCCGCGACCGGGACAGCGGCCGGGACAGGGGCCGCGACCGGGACCGGGACAGCGGCCGGGACAGGGGCCGCGACCGGGACAGCGGCCGGGACAGGGGCCGCGACCGGGACCGGGACAGGGCGAUGCAGCAACAACUUCCCUUGCCCCCGGGCACCAGAUACUGGACUCCAGGAGGGAAAAGGAUGUAGAAGUCGAGCAAGUUGAACCUAGGACAAAACGCAGAAAGUUGGCAAGUCGAGAAGAGAAUGGAGAUGUAGUUGAAAAGCACUGCAAUACAGGCAGGGUGAUAGAGGAUUGGAAAGUGGCAAACCCUUGUUCAAGAAAAGGUGCAUCGAAUCUACCAGAUGCCAUCAAGUGCCAUGGUGAGCCAACAGUACGUAAACAGCCCAGGAUAUCUUCAUGCACCCUGGACAGAUUGAAGGAAUUUUCUAUUAACAGGCACCUAGAACCAUCAGGUGCUAAGGAAUCAGAUGGGGAUGUCCAUUUGAAGAGAAUCAGACACACAGACAAUUCUGAUCUAAAUCUCGACACUGCUGACACUGAACUGCACGAUGGAGUGCUAAUAAAGGAUUCAGACAGAGGGUUGGAGCAGGCUCAUUCCCAGGAAACUACAAGCCAUGAUUGGGGUCGAUUUUCAGCUUCAAACAAGGGAAUCAGUGUGAAGAACAGUUUGGAAGAUGCAGGAGUUAAUCGCAAGGUGAAGAGUGCGUACACUCCACUAGAACUGCAGUUCCUGGAGAUUAAAAACCAACACAAAGAUGCAGUACUCUGUGUGGAGUGUGGGUAUAAAUACCGGUUCUUUGGUGACGAUGCUGAGAUUGCAGCUCGGGAGCUGAACAUUUACUGCCAUCCAGACCAUAACUUUAUGACGGCCAGCAUUCCAGUGCACCGGCUAUUUGUCCAUGUAAGGCGUCUGGUUGCUAAGGGAUACAAGGUGGGAGUUGUGAAACAGACUGAGACUGCAGCUCUUAAAGCUGUUGGUGACAACAAAAGCAAUCUUUUUACUCGCAAGCUGACUGCUCUCUACACCAAGUCUACACUCAUCGGAGAAGAUAUUAAUCCCUUAUUGAAUCUGGAUCUGGAUGGUGAAUUGGGUGAUGUGGGAGAAGUGGCUGGUGAUUUCCCAAACUACCUGAUGUGCAUCUGUGAGCAAGCAGAGAGCAAAAAGGACCGUAAGAAACAGGGAGUUCAUAUUGGGUUUGUGGCAGUCCAGCCCAACACUGGAGAUGUGGUUUAUGACUGUUUCCAUGAUUGUAAAUCCCGGUCGGAGCUGGAAAGCCGGAUCCUGUGUCUGCAACCGGUUGAAAUUCUACUCCCACCGGAGUUGUCCGAGAACACAGAGAAGCUUCUGGCCAGUAUCUCAGCUUCAAGCCUUGGUGACGAUAGAAUUCGUGUUGAGCGGAUGGACAGUUUCCAUUUUGAGUACACAAAUGCUUUCCAACUAACCUCAGAGUUUUAUGCACCUGGAGCUGCUGAAGUAUCAGAAUCACAACAAUUGUCCAUGAUAUUAAAUUUGGAGAUACCUGUUGUAUCCUGUUUGGGAGCCGUCAUCAAAUAUUUAUCUGAAUUCAAACUGGAGAAGGUCCUAAACAACCUGAGUAAGCUGAGUAGGUUCUCUGAAGAGUCCUCUUGGAUGUCAAUCAAUGGAACAACCUUAAAGAACUUGGAAAUUUUACAAAACCAGACCACUGGCACAACGAAAGCUAGUCUAUUUUGGGUCCUUGAUCGUACCCAGAAUUCUUUUGGAAGACGGUUACUGAGGAAAUGGGUGUCACAGCCCUUAAUAAAAGCAAGUGAAAUUAAUGCACGCUUGGAUGCUGUCACUGAAAUCCUAUCAUCGGAUUCCAUCGUCCUGGCAAAGACCCAAAGCCUGCUGUCUAAGCUCCCUGAUCUGGAGAGAGGAAUCUGUAGUAUUUAUCACAAAAAGUGCUCCACGUGGGAGUUCUACCAGUUGGUCCGUACUUUAUCCAACUUGGAGGUGGGUUUCCAGGCAUUGCUUCCAGCCGCUGAGUCUCAGUUAAGUUCAUCCCUUCUGCGUGAUAUUCUGUUGGAGCUGCCACAACUGCUGAAUCCUGUGCAUCACUACUUGAAGAUUCUAGAUGAAAAUGCGGCCAGGUCGGGUGAUAAGACGCAGCUCUUCAGGGACCUCACUGACUUCCCUGUAAUUCAGCAGCGGAAGCAGGAGAUUCAGGGGGUGCUUUCCCAACUGCAGCAGCAUCGCAGGGAAGUUCGCCUGAUACUGAACAGACCAUCUUUAGAUUACGUUACCGUUUCCGGACAAGAGUUUCUCAUAGAAGUGAAAAAUUCCCUGCUGCACAUCAUUCCAUCAGAAUGGACAAAGAUUUCCAGCACAAAAGCUGUCGUCCGUUUCCAUACCCCAUUCAUCGUGGAGCAGUAUAGGCAGCUGUGCCAGCUUCGUGAACAACUUGUCCUCGACUGCAGUGCAGAGUGGCUGAAAUUGCUGGAUCAGUUUGGUGAGCACUACCAUGGAAUAAGAAAGGCAAUUGGUCACCUGGCAACCAUUGACUGCACCUUUUCAUUGGCUGCAGUUGCCAAGCAAGGAGGAUAUUCCAGGCCAACUGUGCUUCAAGAAAAGAGACAAAUAGUGAUCAAGAAUGGCAGGCAUCCUGUGAUUGACAUUCUUAUGGGAGAACAGGAGCAAUAUGUUCCAAAUAGCACUGGACUGCACGGAGAUGGACAAAGAGCUAUGGUGAUUACUGGACCCAACAUGGGAGGGAAGAGCUCUUACAUUAGACAAGUCGCCCUGAUCACUAUAAUGGCACAAAUCGGGUCCUAUGUCCCAGCAGAAGAAGCUGCGAUUGGCAUUGUGGACAACAUUUACACAAGAAUGGGAGCUUCUGACAACAUCUACAAAGGUCAAAGUACAUUUAUGGAAGAGCUGACGGAAGCAGCAGAGAUCAUUAAGAAAGCAACACCUCGCUCAUUGAUCAUCUUGGAUGAGCUGGGAAGAGGCACAAGUACUCAUGAUGGUAUUGCCAUUGCUUAUGCCACCCUGGAGCAUUUUAUAAAAGAUGUGAAAUCCCUGACAUUGUUUGUUACCCACUACCCACCCGUGUGUGAACUGGAGAAACUCCACCCACAGAAUAUCAGGAAUUACCACAUGGCUUUUCUGCUGAAUGAGGAAGAUGAAGGAAAUGGAUCUGUGGAGGAACUGCAACCUGAAUCGAUCACAUUCCUCUAUCAGCUGACUGAGGGGGCUGCUGCUCGCAGUUAUGGCCUGAAUGUUGCGAGACUAGCAAGUAUUCCCGAGGAAGUGUUAAAGAAAGCCACUCAGAAAUCCAAAGAGCUGGAAGGCUUGAUGAAUACAAAGAGGGAGAAAUUGAAAUCCUUCUUUGAAGUCUGGAAAAUAAAUGAAGGGAAAGAACUAAUGGACUGGUUGAUGGUGAACAAAUAAAAUUUAAUUUUUAUCCUUUUUUUUGAAUAAAUAAAAUGAUAGGAUGCUGUUCUUCCCCUUCUGUGUUUCCUUGUAGGGGAAACUUGAGGUGCCGUAAUAGCUGAUGGGACUGUUCCCUAGCACUGUUUGUAAAGGUGGAUGUAAUAGUUCAGAUGCUUCAUGCCUGCUUUGAAAUUACUUGCUAUUUAUAUUCUUCACGCAAAUCCUAGAAAUCAAAAUAGAUGGCGAAGAAUGUUCAGCUUGUCUUUCAUCGGGAGGAACCAGUUGUUCCUACACAGCCCUUCACAGCAUCUAGCUUUCUUUUAAAUAACUCUCUCAUAUUUUGCUUUAACUUGCUCACCUGGUUGUCCAUGUUAGAUAGCCUGUGCAAGAACUUUCAGAUGUAACUCUAAUUUCAGCAGUUGUCAUUUGGCUCUUAUCCUAUAUGGUACAGUUUUGACAUUUUUGUUUAACACUCAGCCCACUUCAAAAAGAUAUUGUAAUUAAUCACAAGCUGGAAAAGACUUUAACCUUCGAUACAGGGCAUGCUGUUCAGUGCUGAAUCCUGAUUAAAUGAGCCGCAUGAUUCCUUUCUGUAUCAUUGUUUUAAGAUCAGAAAUUAGAAGCCCCCUGCUUAGCAUUUUUUCUGAAUGUCACGAAGUUGAAUUGAGCAGACUUCAACUUUAUUUCAACUGAUUUUUUUAUGGCAUUGUGCUCCCGAUAUUUUGGAUCACACUGUAUGCUAAAGCAAUAUGGAUGCUAUUUUUAAAUGGAAAGUUUGUUUAACUUAUUCUGUAUUUUGUCAAUGGAACUCAGUGAGAAACACUGUUAUGUCGUUACAGGGGAGAAACACAGUGUCCACCUAAAAUAGAAUAUAUGUAAUUUCAGUGUGAAAUUGAAAAAUUAUGCAGAAGAAGUUGAUAAUUAAUGUAAUAUUUUGUAAGCCAAGCCAAAUAAAUUAAAGU